CCUCCCCAGCUGGGGCUUCCGCGGGCUGCGGGGCCCGCCAUGCCCCUUCGGGGCUCGGCUGCUGGCCCGGACCCGGGACCCUGCGGAGCGCGCUGAGCUCGGCGCGGGCGGAGCGCGGGGAGACGGCCGUCGGGGCUCCGGCUGCGGAGCCGCCGACACCAUGCGCCCGGGGCUGGCGCUGUGGCUGCUGCUCGCCGGCGCCGCGCACACCGUCGGAGCCCUCCCUGGACUGUGCGAUGUGCUGCGGGUGCUGUGGGAGGAGCGGGACAAGUGCCUGCAAGAACUCUCUGCAGAGAGGACAGGAGACCGUGGCACCCAGCCGCCAGCCCCAGGCUGCGCGGGGCUGUGGGAAAACAUGAGCUGCUGGCCCUCCUCUGAGCCCGGACAGACGGUGGAAGUGGAGUGUCCACGAUUCCUCUGGAUGCUCACGGGCAGAAACGGCUCCAUGUUUCGAAACUGCACACCGGGCGGCUGGUCAGAAGUCUUCCCCAGGCCUGACCUGGCCUGUGGGGUUAAUGUGAACGACUCGUCCAACGAGACCAACGAGAAGCGGCACAGGUACCUGCUGAAGCUGAAGGUCAUGUACACCGUGGGCUACAGCUCCUCCCUGGUGAUGCUCCUGGUGGCCCUCAGCAUCCUCUGUUCUUUCAGGAGGCUCCACUGCACCCGCAACUACAUCCACAUGCACCUGUUCGUGUCCUUCAUCCUGCGCGCCCUGUCCAACUUCAUCAAGGAUGCUGUGCUCUUCUCAGACGACAGUGACCACUGUGAAACCCACAGGGUGGGCUGCAAGCUGGUCAUGGUCUUCUUCCAGUACUGCAUCCUGGCCAACUACGCCUGGCUGCUGGUGGAGGGCCUCUACCUUCACACCCUGCUCGCCAUCUCCUUCUUCUCAGAGAGGAAGUGCCUCCAGGGCUGUGUCGCCCUCGGAUGGGGCUCCCCGGCCAUUUUCGUUGCUUCGUGGGCUGUCACCAGGCACUUCCUGGAAGAUGCGGGGUGCUGGGACAUCAACGCCAAUCCGUCUGUCUGGUGGGUCAUCCGAGGGCCUGUGCUCCUCUCCAUCCUGAUUAACUUCACACUUUUUGUAAACAUCCUAAGAAUCCUGAUGAGAAAGCUGAGAACCCAAGAGACAAGAGGAAACGAAGUAAACCAUUAUAAGCGUCUGGCCAAGUCCACCCUCCUGCUGAUCCCGCUCUUCGGCGCCCACUAUAUCAUCUUCGCCUUCUCGCCAGACGAUGCCAUGGAGAUCCAGCUGUUCUUUGAACUGGCCCUGGGCUCCUUCCAGGGCCUGGUGGUGGCCGUCCUCUACUGCUUCCUCAACGGGGAGGUGCAGCUGGAGGUGCAGAAGAAGUGGCGGCAGUGGCACCUGCGUGAGCUUCCACUGCGCCCCCUGGCCCUCAGCAACUCCACCAGCAUCGGCACCAGCAGCCUCACCCACGGCACCAAGGCCAGCCCCUUAGAGCCGGGCCGGGGCACCUGCAGGGCCAGCGUCAUCUGAGAGGUCGGAGCAGGGCCACUGUGGACACAGGCCAAGCUGGGUUCUGAGAGCGCGGGCCCUGCUCUGGGACAGUCCAUCGGCCCCCGGGCAGCAUAUGCUUUCUCCUGUGACCGAGACCUCUUCUCCAGGCCCUGGGUUGGAGGGUGAGAGUCCCUCAGAACCCACACAAGGAACUUGGGCCGCAUGGGACAAGGGGAGGGGUCUGAGAAGGGAGCAGGAAAAUAAAUGGGAACUGAGGGGA